AUGACGUCCAACCAACACCACAACCUGCAGCCCGGACUUGCCAUUAAUGUCGACAGCUUGCGGUUAGAACUAAGCACCAACCGCCCUCCGCCACCGUCACCGCCACCGCCACUGCCGCCAACAAGUUCCAUUACCGUCAACAAGCCCGGCCCCAUAGUUGAUGAUCAGAGGAGGCUAAUUAUUAAUAAGAAUAUUGAUGAGAUCAAUAUAAUUAAUCAACCACCACCACCAGCAGAUGCCUCAAGCUGGCCAAGUUUCUCUGCAGUUUGGGUGAAAUGGCUUAUGGGAUGGGUAAUAUCUUUUGCAUUUCCAUUUUGGAAACAGCAAUGGGAUCAAUUUCUUGCAUUAGAAGCUGAGGCGGAGAUGGUGGUAGAAGAAGCGGAAAAGGUAGCGGAGGUGGUGGAAAAGGUGGCGUUGGCAACCGAAAAUAUGUCGGCUCAAAUAGCACAAAACCUUCCGGAUGAUGAUGAUGAUCAACUAAAAAAAGCAGCUUUGUUCGUGCAACAUGUAUCCCAUGAAACGGCCAAAGAUGCUAAAUCACUUUCAAAUUUUAUUCACAAGGUGGGUGAUUUGAAACAAGAUGUAGAAGAUUUGGAGACUAUUGUUAUCAAGAAUAAUACAGGCAGUAGCAGUAGCAGCCUGCCAAAAGUGACAUGA